UUCAAUUUCGAGCAAGAAGAAAUAAGACGUCCUUUGGAGGAAGCAACGGGCAUCACCUGAUAGCUCACCUGAUCACCUGAUACCUCCUGCAGCCGUUCUGGCAAUUCCUCGAGUUCGCUAUCGACCGACAGUUUUCUUUUGCAGGCUCCUGGCGAGAAAUUGGGUUAACCACUAUUUUUCAAUUGCUAUCUGGUAAAGCACCUCCAGUUCAAUUUUGUAAGGGUACCUUCACUUUUUUGCAUUCGAGAGACUUUUAUCUCCGUCGCAUCAAUCUUUCCGACAAUGAACAAACCUAGCGACGCCGGUAGCCCUCAGGAGGGAUCCAACACUAGUAGCAGAGUGCUGGACUCUAUCAAUGUAAGAGUGACGAGCACUGAAGGGAGUCAAGGACAAUCAGCCUCCAAGAGUGGUGCAAUGACAUUAUCCUCCGCAUCAAUGAGUGCCACAGGGGGUAUCUCAAGUUCCUACAUUAUGUCCUUCACGGUAGAGAACCAACACACACGCUUCCUAUCCAGCCUUUCCUUGCUCAAUGAUUCCCAGAUUGCGUUAAUGCUUCAAUCGGAUACCCUCGAGUUCUGCAGGAAACUUCAGGAGUCACUAUCCCAGCACCUACUUCACCCGAACUCACUGGCUAGCCGUUCUGUUCUCACGGCAACCGCAGCCAAUAUUAUCUUCAAGUCCAUCGCUUGUGUGCUCGAAUGGCAAGGUAAAGAUGAAGCAAGAGGCCUGGCAGGAGAAGAUGACACGAGUUCCCGCAAAGCUGCUCUUUGCCAAGCCUUCGUGGGGUUAGCCACGUUCUGCGAAGAACGACAAAUCAUGGUGGAGCAACAGCAUCGCAAGACAUAUGUGCAAAUCCUGAAGGAACUGGCCAAACUCCAUGCCCGCCAAGGAGAGGCCAUACAAGCCCGACAAAUGUUGGAAACGGCAGUACUGACCGAGUCCACCUUUUGCCCCAAGACAUCAGAGCAAAAGUUGUCCCUGGCAACUAUCCGGAAUGACUUGGCGCUGCUCUGCAUGGAACUCCAAGACAUGGAUGCGGCACUGCAGCACUAUCAAACAGCUCUGAACCUGCAGCGAGAAGCCCUCCAAGACGAGCCUGGACACCCCGCAAUCAUUAUGACACUCCAAAGCAUGGCACAGCUCUACAUACGAUGCGGCAUGCACGACGAGGCCCUCAAGACGUAUCACUACAUUCUCAUACUGCUGCAGCAACAAGACAGCAGUGCGAAACGGACCGAAAUGGCUGCCACUCUCUCGUCCAUGGGGUUGGUCUACUAUGCUCUGCGAGACUACUCGUCGGCACUGCAGCACUAUAAGCAAGUACUGACCAUCCAGAGUCAUUUGCAGCAUGACAAUGAUGACACUGGUGUGCAUCGGCACUUUGAGAUUGCCACAACCUUGAAUUCGAUUGGAAUGAUUCUCUGUGAAGUUGGAAGCUACGAUGAAGCACGAGAUACUCUGCAGGCCAGUCUGGCCAAGCAUUUGGAAUUGUUUCGUGCGGCCAAGACGCUCUUCUUGGACCACCAGAACGAAACAUCACUGCAUCGACACAACGGCGCCAUUUCGGCAGUCCUGUACAACUUGGCAGUGGUGUACAUUCAAAGAGGCGAAGAUGAGAUUGCUUUGCAACUGUUUCAAAAGUCAAUCCAGUUCAAAAAGGCAGUGUUCGGAGGAAGAGCGUGUCCAGAAAUGGCCACCAACCUCCAAAAGCUUGGGGGCAUUCAUUUGGAACGAGGUGAACACAAGGUGGCCAUUGUGUACUUGGAAGAAGCGUUGCAAAUGUUGAAGCAAAGUGUGCUGUCGUACCAAAGCGCCGACAAACGCAAAGACGACGGUGCCAACGUUGCCCCAGUGGAGACUCUGUAUCACCAAUUGAUCAUUGUGGGCAACCUACACCUGGCAAGCGGGAACAUCCCAGGGAUGAUGUCCUAUAUGGUGGAAGCUUGCAGGCUCAUGGGGAAUGCCGAUGCCAUUCAGCGAACAGGCCUCUUUACUCUCGGAGCCUACUCGAUGAACCGCAUCCAUCCACGUUGUGCUCCCGCAGCGUAACCGCAAAAUUCGAACAUUGCAUGUGGUCCUUCCCAUGGCCUGCCUGAGCACUUCUCUGGUUUCUAGCUAGUACCCACCGUAAUUGACUUUCAUUUGCCCGACCGCACAGCAAGAGCGUUGAUAUAUACAUGUAGCUCGGCCAGCCCGCAGACUCAUGUCCGAGAGGGGCACCAGCUGUACGGUAGCUGAAGCUAUCACUAUGAGUUUCCAAACUCGGCCUUCCAAUGGGAGCCACUCGGUAUACGCACGAGCUAGCUAGAUCCGUUGUAAGUGAACAAUCCACGACGAGCCCAUCUUCCGACAGGAGAAAAGUGAGGAGUGGAUACUGGUAGCUUGCUAGUUGUACAGUGAUGGCUGAGUGUCAUACAAGAAGCUUUGACGCCUGCACAUAAAAUAUAUGAACGAAAACGACCCAGACAGCCAUGCCAAGAAGGGGAGAAGAAAUCGGCCUCGAUGGAUAGCACAUUAUGGCUGAGGGCCAUACCAGGAGCAGCCGCAAUGGAAGAAACCCUGACGCCUGAAAUGCAGAGCUGAACCCCCCAAGCACGGCGGGGGGACCAAGAGUAGGAAGAAAUAAAUACCUGACACCUGAAAACAUGCAUGAAUAAAG